CAGAUGCCACUUCCACAGCACAAGUUAUUGAAUUGCUAGGCAAAACCCUAAAACCUUGAUUAAUUGAUUGAUUGAUAUAUAUUUGGGCGUAAAUGGGGGGAGCUCUCGUCAAUGGCUUACGCCGCAGAUCAUCACUGCUUAAUCCCUCCAUCAUCAAUUGGAUUUCCCCUUCCACAAAAAGUGUAUGCCGUCGUGGGGCCCAUAACACAUCCCUUCAAACUCACCCGUCACCUUCAUCGAAGAUACGAAGGAUCCUGAGAAACGAGAUCCAAUACCAUUAUGAUUACGCUCCUCCUCACCAGCCCGUGGCGCAGUUCGAUAGAUUUAUUGUAGAAGAUCGACCCGGUGAACAGUGGAUUACAUUGAGGGGGAAAUCAGCUGAUGAUGAAAAUAUUAAAAUUGAAGCAACAAUGUUUGAUGGUUCCAUUCUUGUUCCAAAAUCAGAAGAUGCAGAAGAUGUUCGACUUCACAUCAGCAUGGUGGUUGAUAUAUGGAAAGGAGAAACAAGUGAUCACUUUAUGGAGUUUGUGUGCUCAGCUUGGCCAGAUUCUUUAGAAAUCCAGAGACUUGUUAUAUUCAAGCCACCGCCACACCAACAACACUCUCCAUCUCAACCUUGUAUGGGUCCGGACAUUAGGAAUUUAAAUACCCAACUCCGGAAUGAGUUUUACAAGUUCCUGGAUACAAGGGGGGUAAAUGAUGGCCUCGCCAAGUUUUUGCAUAAAUAUAUGAUCAACAAAGACAGGAUUGAGCUUAUACAGUGGUUGGGAAAGCUCCAAUCCUAUUUUGAGAACUAGGUAGAUUUAGAUUCAUCUUGUUGAAUCUUCAUAAACAUAUCAUGUGUCCUUUAUGUUUCAAAUUUUGCAGAGGCUAUUCUGUGCCUUUUGGGCGAAUUCUUUCUUUGUAUGCCAUUUUCAAACAAACAUUUGUGGAUUAAUUGUGUGUUCCGGUGAAAAAGAUGCACAUAUAAA